GGUGGAAGAGGACGAGGAGAGGAGGAAGAGAACAGGUCCUUAAAUUGGUCCUGGGAGGGAAGGACGUGGAUUUGAAAGCAGGCACGUGGCUGACUGUCGCAGAGUCAAAGGCGUUGGAUCGUUUCUUUGUUUUUUUUAACGUGGCACAGAAAGGCUAAUUGCUCUUCAAAAAAGUUACCAGGAGCCCUAGCCUUAAGACAUGGCACAAGGAAAUAACUAUGGACAGAGCAGCAAUGGGGUCGCUGAUGAAUCUCCAAAUAUGUUGGUGUACAGAAAGAUGGAAGAUGUCAUAGCUCGUAUGCAAGAUGAGAAAAAUGGGAUUCCUAUUCGUACAGUCAAAAGCUUUCUCUCCAAGAUUCCCAGUGUUUUCUCUGGUUCAGACAUUGUUCAGUGGUUAACAAAGAAUUUGUCGAUAGAAGAUCCAGUGGAAGCCCUUCAUUUGGGAACACUUAUGGCAGCCCAUGGUUAUUUCUUUCCUAUCUCAGACCAUGUUCUAACCCUGAAGGAUGACGGCACCUUUUAUCGGUUCCAAACACCCUAUUUUUGGCCAUCUAAUUGUUGGGAGCCGGAAAAUACAGAUUAUGCGGUUUACCUCUGCAAGCGAACAAUGCAAAACAAAGCACGGCUUGAGCUAGCAGACUAUGAAGCAGAAAGCUUGGCCAGGUUGCAACGAGCAUUUGCACGGAAGUGGGAAUUUAUUUUUAUGCAAGCAGAAGCACAAGCCAAAGUGGACAAGAAAAGGGACAAGAUAGAAAGAAAAAUCCUUGAUAGCCAGGAGAGAGCAUUCUGGGAUGUACACCGGCCAGUGCCUGGAUGUGUAAAUACGACUGAAGUUGAUAUUAAAAAGUCUUCAAGAAUGAGAAAUCCUCACAAAACAAGAAAGUCUGUUUAUGGAUUACAGAAUGAUAUUCGAAGUCAUAGUCCGACAUACACACCAGUGCCAGAAACAAAACCUCCCACAGAAGACCAAUUGUGUCAAGAGAUAAAAUAUUGGCAAAUACAGCUAGAAAGACAUCGGUUAAAAAUGUCAAAAGUUGCUGACAGUCUAUUAAGUUUUACCGAGCAGUAUGUGGAAUACGACCCUUUCCUGCAUCCAUCUGAUCCUUCUAAUCCUUGGCUGUCAGAUGACACUACUUUCUGGGAAACAGAAAUAAGCAAAGAGCCAAGUCAGCAAAGAGUAAAGCGAUGGGGCUUUGGCAUGGAUGAAGCUCUGAAAGACCCAGUGGGAAGAGAACAGUUCCUCAAAUACCUGGAGUCUGAAUUUAGUUCAGAGAAUUUAAGGUUCUGGUUAGCAGUAGAAGACCUGAAGAAGAGACCGAUCCGCGAGGUUCCUGUUAGAGUACAGGAAAUCUGGCUAGAAUUCCUUGCCCCUGGAGCACCAAGUGCCAUUAAUGUAGACUCAAAAAGUUAUGACAAAACCACACAGAAUGUGAAGAUGAAGGAACCAGGGCGACAUACAUUUGCCGAUGCUCAGGAGCACAUCUACAAGUUGAUGAAAAGUGAUUCAUAUCCACGUUUUAUACGAUCCAGUGCCUACCAGGAAUUACUGCAGGCCAAGAAGAAGGUAUUAUUCAAUGUUUUCAAUGUAUUUUUAUUCUUUCAGCAGUGGUUCUCGUCUAUCAUACUUUCUCUCUUUGGAUAAAUGAGCUGUAUAUCUGGUAGGUGAAGAGUUCAGUUCAAUCUGAGCAUCCCAUAAUGAUGGUGGUAUCCAUGCCUAUAUUUAUUUUGCAUCUUUGCAUGAGCAAAUUAAUUUCAUUUUGACAUUUAUUUUGUAUCAUUCUGAAAGGAAAUGUGGGACUAUAACUUAGGAAAACAGAUAAGAGCAGGUCAAAACAUUUUAGAAAGAUAUAUAAGUAUAGUUGAUGUAGUAUGAUUUCUACUUUGCAGCAGAUAUAAUUUAAUUAUACAAAGCUACAAAUACUGAAUUUGUUUCAUCUAAGCUUUUUUGUAGUCAAAGGUAAGUUCCACUAAGUUCAAUAAGGACUCAAUUCAUACCUAAUAAAUGCAUGGAAUUUUAGAGCAAUUAAUUCUUGGUUAUUGGGAAUUCUUCUUUUCUUCUUAGUCUUGUUCAGGAUCUGUGUCUGGAAAAAAAAGAGUUCCAGUAGGAUGGCCAUCAAAACAUUCUUAGAAAGAUAGUGCUGUGAUCUAUCCGCCGCCGACCCCUCCAGCAGCUGAAUCAGAUGAGGAGGGGGCGGGGAAGUCAGGGUCAGC